AUGAGCAAGCAAGGCCGCCCCGACGAGGAGCUGUUCCUGCGCGGCGACGGCGAUGCGCCCGAGACGCCCAUAGUCGGGCCCCUCAGGAUCCAGAAGCGCGAGUCCAACACCAAGAGCCCCCCGCCGCGAACAGACUCGGCCGGCAGCGCCAGGUCCAACCAGCCCGUCUUCUCGCGCCCCCCGCCCAUGCCCGCGUUCCCAGCGCCGCCCACGAACCCGCCCACCGCGCCGCUGCCCUACCCCGACAACGACGGCCCGCCGACCCUCUCUUCGGGGCGGUAUACGCCGCAGAGCGACGCUGAGAGCCGCUCCAAGACGCACGAUGUGCGGUUCAGAGACGAGCAGCGACGAGGCUCGGGCAGCUCCACGGGGCCGAGCCCCUCCUCACCAGCCCCGCGCGCCCGGUUCGACGCCCACGACCCCAACAGACCCUCGGUAGCCGGCUAUGGCGGGCCUGGCAGGGCACCAGACGGGUCUGUACAGCCCUCGAGGCUGGCAGAGCGGAGAGGAACCGUGCCCAAGCCCCUCCCAGACUCUCCGGGCCCGGACACGCCUGACAAGGAGGGCCUAUUCCAAAGAGCGCCGCAGAGACAAGGCAGCACGGAGCCAAAUCCCUUCCCAGACUACCACCAGCAGUACUGGCCGCCGCCUCAAGCGCCUGGAGGACCCAAGUCACCACAGCCAGCGCUGAACAUCCCCAACCCCGGCGGCAUCAAUCGGCUGAGCUCGACCGCGUCCACGUCCACAACAAAGGCGCAACGAGGAUCGCCGCCUCCGCCCGAGACACCCAUCGUUCCCCUUCCCAGCGGCGGCAUCGAAGCACGCUUUGCUGCGGCAGGAAUUGCGGGCACAUCCACCUUGACCAGCUUACAAGCCCAGACCGCACAGAAUGCCGCAGCUGCGCAGAGGAACCAGGUCUACGCCAACCAGCCGCCCAGACAGAACAUCACUUCACCUGCGCCGAAUCAGCAACCCCCGAGGCGACCAUGGACACCCACGGAGCAGCCGGGCAGCCAGCCGCAUGGUCCUCCUGCGGUGUACCAGGGAAUGAAUCAAGUUGGACCAUCGAGCAGCCCUCCACAAGCGCCUUUGCCUCAGGUACCCGCUCACACAGGAUCUCCGCCGCCUGCGAAUGGGCAGCCAGGGCAUAAUCUAGCACAAGACAUGGGUCGCAUGAACAUGAACGAAGAACCGCCGCCAGCCUACUCCAGCAUUCAGCAUCCCCCAACUGCAUCUUCGACGGGGUUUCCAAAUGAGAAGCAACGUCCACAGGGAGCAGCGACGCAAGCUCCCCAGCAACCUGGUGUCAUGAGCGACCCGAACCUCCAGCAACACCCGGCCUUCGCAAACGAUAUGCGCUCUCCACAGCCGCAAACAGCCCCGUCUUCACAGCCGUUGGGUGUUGUUGCGCCAACGCCGACCGCAAGCCAGUUCCCGCAACAACCGCAACAGCAAGUUCAACAUGCCAGCACGCCUAGCCCCGCGCCAACCGCACCGGGGCCUGGCCCUUCAUCACCUCCUCCGCUCCCCGAAGGCUGGAUAGCGCAUCCCGAUCCAAGCUCCGGGCAGUAUUACUACAUUCACUUGCCCACGCAAUCGACGCAAUGGGAGUUUCCAAAGGGGCCCACACCUCUUAACUUGAAUGAGCCCAUGUCUCCAGCAGGUUCGUUUGCGAAUCCUCUGGCGUCUCCAGCAUUCGGCAAGACACCCCUUGCAUCUCCGGGCUUUCCUACGCAGACUGCUGGCUACCCUGACGGCAUGCUUGGAAUGGCUUCCAUGGCAACUCCUACAACUAGCGGGUUUACUGGGCCUCCUCCAGUUGCAGGCGUUGAUACGUACAAGAUCAACCCAACAAACAGUGUGUACUUUGGUCCGUAUCUGAGGUACACGAACAUGGAUCUUGAGCGCGGUCUGUGGUUAGGCUCAAUCCUGCUCGUCACGAACACUCCACAUCCUCCAGCAAUUCACAUCCACCAGAGCGUAGAUCUUUCACCAAAUCCUCGGCAACUCAAAGCCAAUCCUAUCUACACACAUCAGACCUGGAUCUUCUACCGGUACGACAUCGACCUCCGAAUGGAAGAUGACCAUGCGGCCAAGUGGACUUACGCUAUCACGUCACAUCUGGGCUGCACGCGAUUCGAAUUCCUGGUCGCGGGACGCAAUGAGACCAGCUGGCGCUUCAUUGCUCACUCUGGCAACGACUUUGCUCUUAAUGUUAACGCAAACGAACGGUCCAAGCUUGGCGGUGUUGGCUACAUGUGGAAGGACAUCCUCCAGAAGAACACCGAGUGCGGUGGCUUCCAUGUGCAGCUCGGGCUAGGUGGACAGAUAUAUGCUGAUCGCUUAUGGAAAGAGAUACCGUUACUGAAGCAGUGGACGGCAAUGAGUGGUAAGGAGAACCGCAAGAACGCACCUUGGACGGCGAAACACGACGAGGAAGUUUGCCAUGCCUACUUCCACUACUACACAAGCCACUUUGACCAGCCACAUCUGCGAGAAGCGUUCGCGCAAAUUCCACACAUUCUAGCUCUUGACGAUCAUGACAUUUUUGACGGCUUCGGCUCUUAUCCCGAGUAUAUGCAGUUUUCAAACAUGUUCAAGAACAUUGGCCGGAUUGGUAUCGAGAUGUAUCUUCUGUUCCAGCACCACACCACAUUGGAGAUCCUUCGCAACGUGAACAACGACAUGGAUCUUUUCACUAUUACGGGCACCGGAUGGCAUUUCAUCAAAUACCUGGGUCCUUGUGUCACUGUCGUAGGGCCAGAUUGUCGAUCGGAGCGGAAUCCGCACCAGGUCAUGGCUGGUCCCACAUACCAAGGUAUCUUUCCCAAAGUUGCGACUCUCCCUUCAAGCGUGCAACACUGCAUAUGGAUGGUCCCCGUUCCGGUGGUCUACCCCCGGUUGGAGUCGGUGGAGCAUCUCGCCAACUCAAUGGCAACCGGAAAGAAGGCUGUCACUGGUACUUUUAACAUGCUUGGGAAGGUGACGGCUGGAGUGGCCGGCGUCGUCGGUGCUAAGAGUGUAGUCGGCGAUGGCUUCAAUUCGGUCAAGAAGGCCAUUGGAAAAUCAGGUCUCAUGAGCGGUGUCCUCAGUCCAUUUGGUGAGAUCGAUAUGCUUGACGAGCUUCGUGAUCAAUGGACGCACGAUUCCAAGGAUCUUGAACGCACAUACCUGAUCAGAACACUCCAAGGCAUCGCCCACAACAAGUCCCUUCGAAUGACUUUCUUUUCUGGCGGUGUCGAUGUUUGCGGUGCAGGCCUCGUACAUGACCCUUCCAAACCCCAAGAUCACAAGACUAUGUACCAGAUCAUCUCUUCCAGCGUCGUCAAUGCCCCGCCCUCCAACUACGUCCUCCGGCUUCUGCACAACAACCGCGCGCUCUACAUCCCACAGAACGGUCACCGUUCGAGUCACGCGCCUUCAGAUACGAAGGAAGACAUGAUGGAGAUCUUCACACAGGACGUCAACGGCACUGCGCGAGAGUACAAGAGAUUAAUGGGCCGAAGAAACUACGUCGCCUGUGUCGUGUAUGAUCCCGAGAUUGUGAAUGGAACAUUUGGACAGGUGCCUGGGCAACACGGCAGCGGGAAGCUGAGUCUGGCGGUGGACUUCAUGGUGCAGAACGAGGGGCCGUACAGUGCGCCGAUGAAGUAUGGACCGGUGAUUGUGCCAAGCUUGGAGUACGGGAGAUAG